AGACAAAUCAUACAUCAAAUGAAAGCUCUCACUCUCAAGAAUAUCACUGUGCAGUUUAUUUUACCGAUCCAACACAUUACAGUAACAUUAUCAUCCAAAGAUUCACGAAAACGGAAUCGAGUUUUUUGAACAAGCAAACACACGAGUCAUAUUCCUGUUCGAAUCACUUCCUCCAUGUGAAGCUACUAGCCACAAAAUUUAUAUCAGCUCGUUCUUCAGGUUGUUUUCUUCCAAAUGAGACCAUUUUCACAUGUCUACGAGCAUGCAUGGCCAAAUGACACUGUAAUAUGUCACCGAUGUCCAGAUCAAAACAUGCGGUGCAUGAUAAGAGCAAAUCCUAUGAUAAAUCUUAGGUUUGAUUGUCUUCGAUAGCCGCGAUUUUUGAUGACGUCAUCAAAUAUUGCGUCGUACGUCAGGAAAGCUGAGCUUCUCAGCUACCAAUAGACACCUCGAUCAUGUUUCUAAGCCAUUCAGAGGCUGAGAUUUUGCCUUCUAAAGACGAGGAGGCGGGGCUUCAUCUUCAAAUUUCAGCUGGCGCCAGCGAACUACGCAGAUGAGUAGGAGAAAAGUUUGGGAUAGUUUGGUGAUUUGGACAGUGUUUUUUCGAGUUAUUGCGUGCUUUGGAGUGUUUUGUCUUUGAACAAUGGCUUCAAGAAAAGUUUUUGUCGGUGUGGAGGCUGUUUUGGCGGAGCUAGAUCGAGACAGCGACACUGAGACUUGUAGUAAUGCAAGUUUCGACUCUGUCCGACAGGCUGCUUAUGAAGCAGGAGAGGAUCCAGACUUUGAUCUGGACAGUGGUGAUGAGUGGCAGCCAGAUCUGCCAUGCACUAGCAGCAAGGAGGUUGUCCCACCCCACACCUCCAAGACCCCCACACUAUCUGUUGGUGAUUCUGUGAGGCAGCCACGGAGAGGUGGAACUCCUAGCAUGCAGACCAGAGGGAGGGCUCCAUCUGUACGUGGGAUGAAAAGGUCAGCAAGUGUGAUGUCAGAGGAUGGUGGCACAGAAAGGUGGAAUGACUGCAGUCUGGAGGAUGAGGUUCCAGCGCUACCAAAUUUCCUUCCAAAGAGAAACCCAGGAGCGCAGCUUGUAAUGGACAGGAUCUAUUCCCCGUUGCAGCUCUUCCAGCUCUUCUUCUCAAGCUCUGUGGUGGAAACCAUUGUGAACAACACCAACAGCUUUGCACAAAAGAGGUCGGAGGCUGGAAAACGUUUCCUUUGGUUGCCUUUGGUUGCACAUGAACUUUAUUCGUACAUGGCACUUGUCAUCUACAUGGGGCUCCUCGGUGCAAAGAACAUCGUUGAUUACUGGUCUGGUCAAGAAAUUUACAGCUUACCCUUCCCAAAAUCUGUCAUGUCCAGGUCCAGAUUUCAGGCCAUUUCUUGGAACCUGCAUCUUUGUGAUCCUGAGGAUGAUCGAGAAAACUCCCGAAAAAAGGGGACUGAAGCCUACGACAGACUUUUCAAGAUCAAGCCCCUGUACAACGACAUCGUCUUGGCAUGCAAAACCUAUUUCCAUCCAGACAGACAGCUAGCAGUGGACGAGAGGAUGGUGGCUUCAAGGGCGCGAAUCAGCAUCAAGCAGUAUAUGAAAGCCAAACCAACCAAGUGGGGCUACAAACUCUACGUGCUGGCUGAUUCUGCCUGUGGUUACACGUGGAACUUCUUCGUCUAUGAAGGCAAGUCUUCCUCGGCCACUGGAAAAGGGCUCAGUUACGAUUCUGUCAUGCAGCUCCUGGAUUUGUCACUUCUCGGCAAAGGCUACCAGUUAUUCAUGGACAAUUUCUACACGAGCCCAUGCCUUUUUUUGGACUUGCUCUCAAAGAAGACUCUAGCAUGUGGCACCAUACGCACCAACCGGCGUGGCUUCCCCAAGACUAAGGUAAAUGACAUCAGCCGCCGAGCCCAAAGGGGAACAUUCCGAUGGCUCCGAGAUGGGAAGCUUCUGUUUGUGAAGUGGAUGGACACACGAGAGGUGACAAUGUGUUCCACAAUGCACAAGGCAUAUGAAGGUGACGAAGUCCUCAGGCGUGUCAAGAAUCCCGAGGGUGUAUGGGAAAGGCACAGAGUCCCGAUUCCAGCGGCAGUCAAAGACUACAACAAACACAUGGGAGGUGUGGACCUGUCAGAUGCCCUCAUUGGGUACUACAAUGUCCUGCACAAAACCACAAAAUGGUACAAGACUUUUUUUUUUCAUUUUGUUGACAUUGCGGUGGUAAACGGUUUCAUUCUUCACCAGCACCUCUGCAAAUCUCAGAACAAAAGUCCUCUCACCCAGAAGGAAUUUAGAGAGAGACUUGUGUCUGAGCUGGCCGGACAGUCCAGCACCCCAGAUGCCCCAGAGGCGCCCGCUUCCUCAUCGCGUGCCCCAGAGGCGCCCGCUUCCUCAUCGCGUGCCCCAGAGGCGCCUGCUUCCUCAUCGCGUGCCCCAGAGGCGCCUGCUUCCUCAUCGCGUGCCCCAGAGGCGCCCGUUUCCUCAUCGUGUGCCCCAGAGCCAUCUACAUCUGCCACAACAGCAGUUGAGCAAUGUUUUCCAGAGUACUUUGGGUCAGAUGCCGCAAGUGGGAGGAGAGCCUGUGCUUUGUGCAAACUUUCAGGGCUCAAAGUAAAGACUCCCAUGUACUGUGUGAAGUGCAAUGUAGCCUUGUGCUUGGUGCCAUCAAGAAACUGUUUCAGAAAAUGGCACACUGAUGGACACUCUAAAUUAUAAG